AUGUUUGAGGUCAUUUAGAAACACUGACAAGUUUAUUUUACAACCGUAAAUGUCACACUCAGCACAAAUCUUUCAUAGCCAUAUGAAAGGAUUCUCAUCAGAAAUGUUUAUGUAAAAAAAAGAAGGAAGAAGAAUAUCAGCUGACAUAUUGUUAUCAGAACUUCUUAAAUAUCAAUAUCAGUAUCAGGCUCAGUAAUCCAGUAGUGUUUAUAUGCCAAAGAAAUGAAUUAUUGGAUUGUCACAUGAAGAUUAGACACAAUUUAAUACAAAGACAAAAGUGUAUCCUAGAAUAAAAUCUGCUUGCAUUUCAACAUCCCCUCUACACACGAGUGAAUCUACAAAUCCUCACAGCUGAAAUGUUCUAUUUAUACUGUAAAAUGAGAGAAAAGGGAUCCAAAACUCUUCAAACAUAAAUCCACAAUUUUGCUUCUCUAUGAGUUUGUUUCUCUAGUGAUAAGAAUUGUGGUAAGUGAUGAAGGAAAAGCCUAAAAUGUGGGAAGUUUUUCACUCCAGAAUAACAAAAUACAUUUCUAUUUAACAGAAAACUAUGAUUAAAGUGGGAUUUAAAAGGGUAUUUGACUUUUCUCUCUCUCCCUCUACUGUAGAUACUCAGGCUAAGAUGUCUGAACUCACACUGAGGUUUUCAAAGCCUAGUGGGUGAAAGUAAUUAAGCCUAAUUAAGCAAAGCUGUUUGCAGUUUGUGUUCAUUAAAACAUCAUUUUCACUCCUCACACAGUCUUUUCUAUACUGCUCUCAUUCCUGGUGGCCUUCUGAAAAAGUUGCUGUUAAUUUCGUCAGUUGGUUUCUUUCUGUUUGUUUUUGACUAAACAAAACAGCGAAAUGAAGGCUCCUGUCCAAGCAAUACGCAGGUUUCCUUCACAAACAAAGAGGAGGCUUCGAGUUCACUCCAUUCUCAUCUACAGAGCUCAUAAAGAGGUCCGUCCGGCUGGGAUGAGGAGUGUAGAUUUCCUGGCCAGUCGGCUCAGUUUUUCCAAACCAGUCGUGCUCAGACUGGUGAGCUCUGAGGCUUUCCGGCUGUCGAGAACCAACAGACUAAAAGUCAUCACUCUGCAGGAGAUCAAUGCUGCUGUCGUCCUUGUACGACGGAGGAUUCGUACGAGAGCAGCUGCAUGAAGAGUUGGACAUGAACUGAAAAUUUUAUUUUUAUUAACUAUCAUUAAAGACUUCAUUUUAAAUUUUAAUGUGUUGCCUUUUUAUGCAAGUUCUACAUGGUGAUUCCAAGUCAUUAAGUAAAACAGCUUUAAGUACUCACCCCAUAGCAGUAAGUUAUAGUUGAUUAUUUGUGAAAGAUUAAUGACAAACUGUUAAACAAAUUUUAAGUGGGUGUAGGGACAGGUUAGAAGUUUUGAAUGCAAAUUCCUGAUCUGGCACAUGCUGGAAUAAACUUGUUUUAUCUGGUUGCAUUUCUCAGAUUUGGUGCACUUGACAUGGUGGCUCCAUUAGCAGGUUAGUCUGGAUAUUAUUUCAGCCUUUUAAAAACAAAAGUUGGUAGAAGGUGAGGUCAAAUCCAGUAAGGUCUGCUCUGCAUUCAAAACAUACAACUGCAAAAAAUGGGAGUGAGCAGGUUUUUAUAUGAACCCUACUGCUUACCUUUUUAAAUGUAAACUAAAAGCAUAAAAGGCUCACAUCUAUCCUCGCUUGCUGUCAAAUUGGUAUAUUAACCAAUUUGUCCCCCUGAAAUCGACCUCUAGUUUGAUAUGUCUGGUUCUCAAUUAGUUGUAAAUUAAAUUCAUAUUAUAAUUAGGCUACUUAAUUACUUUGCCCACACAUGUGGUUGUUGACUUUGGAUCUGGUUUUCUGUUUUAAACAAGGCUAAAGGUCUAAAUAACCCUCUUAAAAAGUUGUUAAAGGACUGUUGACACAACAGAAAACAAAUUUUGGAUUGAAAAUUAUCAACCUGUUAAUAGACCUGAGGGUGGCGCAAGGUUAUUGAAUUCAUCUUUUGAGGAUCACGAUAAUCCACAGCAGCUUUCAUGGCUAGUUCCAGUCAUGACAUCUUGUGAAGAAGUGUGAACUGGCGUCCUCCUUGUGAGGCUAAAAAGUCAGAAUUUCGCAAAAUAUACGCGGGACACUGAGGUUUAAGCGACAAACGAACUGAGUCCCGGCAGUUUCGACAAUAUUUCGAUUUCAAGGAGGAACAGCGAUCCCUCCUCUCUGUGAUGUGGUUUCAAUCCACCUGGCGAUGCCUCUGCCUCCUUUCUGUGCGCCCUGGUCUCCUCCUGCAGCGCCCACAGCUUCUCUGGAAACAUUUCACCGCUGUUAUUACCUUUAACAGUCGUUUAAAUUUAUCGCAAGCUUUUUGUCUGCAGUUUCGAUGCAAAUGUCUUUUUAUGUGUGUGUGUGUAUGUGGGGGGGGGCAUCACAUGGCUUGUGUGUCCCAUUCAUGAUUUCCGGAUCGCGCGGAUACAAGCUGCAGGUCUAAUGGCAGAUGUCAAUGCCACCAGUCAGAUGUGACCUACUGCUACCAGAUUGGGAAAAACUGACUGAUGUGACCCUGGAAACUCCUUGUUGGUCAUCAUGGGAUGUGGCACCUCCGUUGCUACGGAGACACAAGGGAAAAGAGUGGAGACAGAUGACACAGUUAAGACUCCCAGCCCGGCUCUGAGUAAGACGCUGAUCACCUCCAAAGAUCAGUCUGUGACGUGUGCAUGCACCUGUGUGUGUGUGUCUAUGAAGGCAGCUGUUUUGAUCCAGCGAUGGUACCGGCGCUACAUGGCCCGUCUGGAGAUGAGGCGCAGGUACACCUGGAACAUCUUUCAGUCCAUUGAAUACGCCGGGGAACAGGACCAGCUACAGCUCUCCAGUUUCUUCAGUUUCAUGCUUGACAACUUCACUCAGAUUAAUGGAAAUGGGCCAGACUUGAUCUCCCAGCUGCUGGACCCGGUGGUCGACCCCUGGUUAGACAGAGAGACCUGCUACAACUUGAUCGCUGUUCCAGAGUCAUACACCGGGCCCCGACUAUCAUUUCCUCUCUCCGUCUCUGAUACGAAUGCUCUCCUCAGUGCAUUUAAGGAGCAGCAGACACUACAUCCCAGAUAUGUUCUGCAGCUGCUGUACGAGACCAAAAAGCUCCUCAAACAGAUGCCCAACAUCAUCCACUUGUCAACAUCCUACACCAAAGAGAUCACUAUAUGUGGUGAUCUGCAUGGGCGGCUUGAUGACUUACUUCUCAUAUUUUAUAAGAAUGGCCUUCCCUCUGCGGAGACGCCAUAUGUGUUUAAUGGGGACUUUGUGGACCGUGGGAAAAAGUCCAUCGAAGUGGUCAUGCUCCUGUUCGCCUACCUUCUGCUUUACCCCGACUACAUGCACCUGAACCGAGGAAACCAUGAAGACCACAUAAUGAACCUCAGAUAUGGGUUCACAAAAGAAGUCAUGCAAAAGUAUAAGAUUCAUGGCCGUGAGAUCCUCCAGCUGUUUCAGGACGUUUUCAGCCUUCUGCCCGUCGCGACAGUCAUUGACGGAAAGAUCCUGAUCGUUCACGGAGGGAUAUCAGACCAGACUGACCUGGACUUCCUCAGCUCCAUAGAGAGACACAAGGUGAAAUCUGCCCUGAGGUUUCCCAGACGCAGUUUGGAGCAGCUGGACAUUGGUCAGUCCUGCAGACAGAUGAAAAGAAUGAGAUCGACAGACGGCUCUCAUCCCAGCAGCAGUCGCAGCCAUAGAAAGAACCAAAGAACCCCCAACCAGAGUAGAAAGAGGCGAUGCAGGCUCAGCCGACAAGACAGCGCCACCUCCACUUCUUCCUCCUCCUCCUCAUCGUCCUCCUCUUCGCUCUGCUCUCCUCAAACUCCGUCCUGCCUCACGCCUCGUCCGUGCCUGUCUUCUCCCAGCAUGCCUUACACAAUCAAUGUCCUCCAAGUGCCUUUCCUGGACUCUCUGUCCUCUGUUCCCCCUCCUUCACCUCCACAACAUGAACGGGAAUGGAAACAGAUAGUGGAUAUACUGUGGAGUGAUCCUAAAACCCAAGUAGGCUGCAGUCCCAACACAUUCAGAGGAGGAGGCUGCUACUUCGGCCCUGACGUCACCCAGAGACUUCUGCUCCAACACGGACUCCAGCUGCUCAUCAGAUCCCAUGAGUGCAAACAGGAGGGAUAUGAGCUCUGUCAUGGUGGACAGGUGAUCACCAUUUUCUCAGCGUCAAACUAUUAUGAGGAGGGAAGCAACCGUGGUGCGUACAUCAAAGUGGGCAGAGAACUGGUUCCACGGUUUUACCAGUACCAAGUCAGCCGCACAACACGCAGACUCACCCUGACACAAAGCGUACGAGCAGCUGAAGGCUCUGCUCUCAGGGCCCUGAAGGAGAAGCUGUUCACCCAUCGCUCUGAGCUGAUGUCGGGCUUCCAGCAGUACGACUACAAAAACAACGGUAGUGUGUCAGUCAGUGAAUGGGCUCAGGUGUUGGAGUCUGUACUGAGACUAGACCUACCCUGGAGGACACUUCGGCCACACUUAGCCCGUCUGGCACCAGAUGGCAGUGUGGAGUAUCAGUCCUGCUUCCAGGAUGUGGGAACGGGGAUUUCUCUACCUCAGGUCACUCCAAACUUGGCUGAAACUCUGUUCAGAUACAGGACAGACAUUGAGAUAAUAUUCAACAUCAUAGACAAAGACCAUUCAGGUCUGAUCUCCAUUGAGGAGUUUCGUCACACCUGGCGUCUCUUCAGUGCCCACCUGGGGGUUGACAUCAAUGAUAGAGCUAUCGAUGACCUGGCCCGAAGUAUCGACUUCAACAAGGACGGCAGUAUAGACUUCACUGAGUUCCUAGAGGCCUUCAGAGUGGUACACAAACUGGACAACAAGGAUCAGCAACUCAACGGAAAGAUGGAUGCAGACCAGUAUUCGUGAAGGGAAGAAUCUGAAUGCUAAAUUGUGGAAGUCCUGCAUGAUCAGCAGAGGUAACUAAUGGUGAAAGGAAAGUAAGAAAGCAGGGUUAAGAUGAUAUAAUGUAGUAUUUCUUAAGUUGUUAACAGAAAGCCACCUUUAAACACUAAAAAAAUAGCAGUGUUUUGGUGAUGUACCUUACAGUUAUGGGCUGUAGGGAUGGCAAUGUCACUCUGUAGGUUGCUUCCAUCCACUACUUUGGUUUCGAAGUGAAAUAUCUCAACAACUAUUGAAUGGAUUGUAUGGACACUUUGUGCAGACAUUCAUGUUCCCCAGAGGAUGAAUCCUUAAGACUUUGGUGAUCCUCUGACCUUUCCUCUAGCACCACCAGCAGGCCAAAGUUUUCAGUACAGUGAAAUAUCUCCACAUCAACUAAAUGGAUUGACAUACAUUUUGGUACAGACAUUCAUGGUUCCCAGACGAUGAAUCCCAUUGGGGUAAUUUGGGGUUCACUGCCCAAGGACACUUGGAUAUGUGGACAGGAGGAGCUGGGGAUUGAACUGCCCAGCACUGUGAUUAGUGGACGACCCACUUUGCUUCCAGAGCCACAGCCUCUCAUCUUAUCUGUCCAAUAGGAAAUUCUGUGUCACCAUUAAAAACUUCAUGUCAUCCUUUUCCCAUAUCAACUAUGGUGUGCCUCAAGGUUCAAUUCUUGGACCAAUACUGUUCUCCUUAUAUA